AUGAUUACAUUGGCAACACUUUCGUUUUUUUUUUGCUCCUCUGCGCAUCAUCAGAAACAAAGAAAUCUCGUCUGUGUAAUGAAGGCAACGUCGGGUCGAGCCCCCCUUCUUCGGAUGCUUGACGACUGUCAAGUCUUGAGUUUUCAGCGCAGGUGGCAUCUCAUUAAAGGUGACAGAAAACAAAAUGAAGAACUGAAAAAGGUUGAAUUCGCACCCACCUUUGAGCAUGACCAAAUCGUCAAAGGCGCUGAAAGUGGCCCCUCCGCCGGCAGCUCGACAACUGGCGAUGAGCCAACGGAGCCACUGUCGGAAGGUCUGACGAACACGAUGGGGGAAACACCGUAUCGGGUCAGUUGGUAUGACUUUCAAACUGUGAGUCCUGCGAAACGGUUUACUUACUGGGUAUACCGUCGCUUGCGUGAUCUGCCACCUGAGUGGCAGGAGUACUAUCGCAGAAUGGUGUAUCAAGAAAUUAGCGCUAGCCGGUACGUGAACCAAACGUGGGAUUGCUUUAUGAUGGUUGUUGAUGGGUAUCGAAAAGCGAAAUGGGUACUUCGAAAGUACGGUGUGAAGGUCGACGAGAGCCUUAUACCGAGACCAUACAACAAUUUCUGGGAAGAAACCACACACGAGGAGCGUGUCUGGGCCCACCGGCGGUCUCAUCAAAUGAAAGAGCUACAGGCGCUGCAGCGCGACGAUGACGAAGCAGUCUUCGGAGCGAGCAUGAUGAAUCGGAACGAAGUUUCUUAUACGUCAAUCAAAAACCUUCAGACUGGAAUGCAAGGUGGAACGCCUCUUCACGCUCACGACCUACCUGCGCCAAAAGAAUCAGAAUUGAGAAUGUCGCGUCAGGAUGAGGAAAUGAGUAGUGCUCUCAUGUCGAGCAUCGAAGAUGACAAGCUGUGGAACCCAGUGCUGCGAUCUCGAUUGCACACACAGCGUCAGCGAGCAGAGGCGGAACUUUACGGCUUUGAAGAUGAAGAUGAUGACGAAGCUGCUGCUGAAAUUCAGCGAAAGUGA